AUGUCGGACAGAGCAUUGUGCUCGCUAUUGAAGCCCUACCUAGUCAUCACCUUCUCUUUCAAGUUCAAGUUCACAUUGAACAAGGAGCAAUCGCAGCAACACAUUUUGUGCAAUGAGGACAAGUUUCGAGGCAAGACUAAGCCCGGCAAAUUAGUAGACGGAGUCAACGAGCAAGCGCUAAAGCGUGCUGCCAGCUGCUCGGGUUUCCGCAAGCAGGUUUUUCACGGUUUCGCCACACAGGGUAAACUGGCAUUGGUGUUGCUGGACGACGCUCCACAGGACGUGAAGGGCGCAAUUAAGGUCCUCAGACGGAUGGUGCAUCGUACAGAAGUGGGCAUGGCGGUCACCAAUGCCCUGGCAGCCGAGCCAUGCUUCGGCCUUUCGGCUGCAGACAUCUGCUUCAGCAUACUAUGCAACGAGGACAAGUUCCGUGACAAGAAAAAGCCCAGGAAACUGGUGGAGGGAGUUAAAGAGCAAGCCUUAAUGCGUGCUGCCAGCCGCUCGGGCGGGGCGCGGGCGGCCACAGCUCAGGCGGAGACGGUGCAGGCGGCUCUAGAGGAGACUGACAGUGUUGGGCCCAGCCGUGUUCACCUCACCAGUGCGGCAAUCAGCACCUACUUCCGCAUGGCAGGAAAAGCAACGCCCACAGAUUAUACUGCAUGUGGUAUUGUCUGGACUUUAGCGGAAAAGCGGCUCCAUGGUAAACCGCUGCAGCAUGAUGCCUUGGAGCCAGAAGACAUUGCAGUGCUGGCCCGCUUAGUGGGGCCUUCCAAAUCCCGAGAACGCCUGCUGGUGCAAGGUGGCUACCCCAGAAGGCCAUCGACAGCAGAUGAAUAUGUGGGACCGCUCCUCAGACCAGUCCAAUGGAUGCAGUGUGGCGGGUACCUCUCGGGCCCUCUGACUGGCACACGGGAGGCGCCAGUGCACUCUUUGUCGUACACGGCCUUCCGCACACGGCUGCUGAGAAUGGUAUCACUGGCAGGCAUCACGCGGCACAUCAAGGCGCACUCCAUGUGCAUAGGCGGGAACAGCACGGCAGUGGACCGUGGAGUGCCGGCAGAGUUGCACAAGGCAUAUGGCCGCUGGCGCACGGAUGCCAUGGUACAGCACUACAUGGUGCAACACUACACGCGGCGCGACACUGCGGCCAAACUGGAGGUCUCCCGCCGCCUAGGCCUCACCGGGCUCGGCCAGCGGCGGGCCAGUGGCAGAUGCCCGCUGAGGGGCGGCUGGAAAGUCGGCGAGUCGACAGAGGGAGGGUUGGGGAGGAUUCCUCGUCACGGUUUGGGUCUUUCUAGCUUAGUAGUGCAGCCUUGGGGAGCUCCGGGGUGUGUUGGUGGGCCGCACAGUAGUCGUGUGGCGGCUGGGGCAGGGGCCACCAGCACCCAGCUUGUAAUAUGUGGGGCCGAGAGGUCCUUGGUGACCCCCUUAUUAAACAUAUGCGGGCGGGCUCUAGGACCAUCUGCAGGAGAUAGUACAGCGGCCAAUCGCCCUAGAUUCCUUACGAAGUCGGAUUCCGCCUCGGGACGCUGGACGUCGUCCGCUUGCUGUUUCCGAGCUAUGACUCGGACCUGCAUUGCAGGUGCCUGCAGCUGCCCCACAGCGUACGCAUUCUUCACCAAGUGCUCGAGUCCCAUUCGUGCUCAUCCAGCCCCAUUCGUGGCACUCGAUCUCCGAGGACGUCGGGGACGCAACAACAAGCACAACGGCCGGGAGUUGCCUAAAGUCGAGCAUGGAGCCUCAGGGUUAUGGUAUGGCAAGAGGGGGGUAACCGGAAAAUUUCCAUAA